CAAAAUUUUGCGACCGCGACCCCGAUGGUGUUGUCGAGUCUCGCAGCCCAACUAGCGAAGGGCGCAUCUCUCAACGCAUCUCUCCUCGUAGAACGAACGAAACGAAAACCUACCGAGUCUUACCUCUUCACUGGGCGUGAUGCAGACCAACAUGACCUCGAUUCUAUCUACGCCGUGGGCACCAACGCAUUUCUGCAGCUAUGCACAUUGAACGAUGUGUUUCGAGAAUUCGAGGAGCCUCUAUUUUCGGACUCGUCUAGGCAGACGGACAGGACGCUCCUUCCUAUGUCACAGACCGCAGAGUUGGACGCCGUGAUUGCAAGGUUUUUACCGCUGCUAGGACCGUAUCUGAUCGAGGCGCCCACUGGCAGAGCUUUGGAGUGGCUUGUGAGAAGGUUCAGGAUCCACGAGUUUAAUGUCGAAUCUAUUCUGGAAUUGUUUCUGCCAUACCAUGAGUCUCCACAUUUUGCCAAGAUGCUAUCUAUCCUACACAUCAAGCCGAACUCAACAUGGAUAUUCCUUUUGCCCUUCAAGGCGGCGGCUCAAAACAUCCAGCGGCCCGCUCUGGUCACAGAGAUGCUAAAGAACGCGGAUGCAACCCACUUUGUGGUCAACCUUCUCCCCUCAGCGCUCAAAGGCGGCUACUCCCACCACACUCUCCUCGCGUUUAAUGCUGCAACAGUCCACGAUUAUCUCAAACGAGCUAAAUCGCUGGACGAGGGGACUUUGGCGCUUCUUUUGUCCGCUUUCCUCGAGCCACUAUCUUCCAAAUUCGAGGCCCCAAGAGAUGCUGUUCUUGGAAGCUAUAUCUUGAUCGCUGCCUUGACUCAAGUCUGUCAGUUAACCGCAACUGCUUUGAAGACCACCAUCGGCGCUAUGGCUGGUUGCGCGAAGCGUGUUUCCACCCGCCAGUUUGUGAAUACACUGGUGGCUGUAUGCGAAGCUCAGGAGCAGUUGGAUUCCUUCACAGAUGGAACUGCGAAGAAUGUUCUCCGGUUGCCAAACAUCGCACAAGAACUUCGGAUUGCAGAGAAAUAUGCAGGGGCGGAGAGUCUGUACGCUCCCCUACUCACGAGUGCAUGCAAACACAUUGAGGACGAGGCAUUGCCGCCGUUUCUCGAAUACAUCAUUGGGUCGCCCACGGCUCUUGUGGGCGUCAUCAAGCAUCUGACUGCAGUUCUCCUGCGCGCGGCUGUUUCAGAGGACGAUAUUCUUGCGACGAACAACACACUGUUGGGCAGCAUCUUGCCAAAGAUCAAGCAGAUACAUCCAGAAUGUUUCGAACAAGUGGUUGCUGAGCUUUCCACGGCGCAACCCGAUCUACAAGCAACGCUCAACGAGUUCGUUGUGUCGUUGGCAAUUUCAGGGCCUCUUGCACGGCUCGCUACAUCCGAAGGCACGAGUGUGGUCGCUUCGAUGAAUUCAGACGAGCAUGCUCGUGCAGCUGGCGUCAAGGAGCUGCUGAAAAGCGCCAGGCAGAAUCUCACGGAAUCCGUGCGCGACGCUCUUAUUGCUCGCGUCCAAGACACAAGUGUCAUCGUGCUUACAGCUCUGUAUUCUGAUCCGGUUUCCCUGCUCCCUAUCUUCCUCCAUGAACCAAAACGCUACAUCGAUGGACUUUCUUUGUCCUUCGGCAGCGGCCAAAAGAUCAGACGUCAUAUCCUUCGCCUUCACCUUGGUUUUUUGGCGACCCAUUUCUGUGCCAAAGCCACAUCCGAGUCGAAGGAGGAUGUGUUCCAUCAGAUCAUCUUUCCGUUUUUGUUGUUCUCCAAGACCAGGCAGCAUACCGCCGAGCUCGUCUGGGAAGUCAUCUCGCAGAAUCCGGCUAUCCGGCACGAGCUGUUGAUUGGUUGUGUGACCAACAUGGACGGCGACGACAGCGACAAGAUGGCGCAUAUCAAUGACUCGACGAGGCGCAGAAUCGCUGAAAACAUACUCAACUCGGACCGUUAUGCCACGCACUUGAGUGCGCUCGUCCGUAAGGCGCAUGACGCUGACCCCAACGUGCGGGUCCUGGCCUUGCUAAUUAUGCGAGCUCUGCUCGAGCAACUCUCUGGCGAACGUUUGCUGGAUGCCGCGAGCCAGGCUUUCGAGGCCGUUAAUUUGCAACAACUUCCAGAUGUUGACGCAUCCCUGCUGGGAUCACAAGGCCUGAUCCAGUAUCUCAGCCAAGCUGUAAUUGGAAAGAUGGUCGUGCACAAGCUCACCAGUAAGACGACGACAAGUUGGCUGCAGAUAUCUAUUCUGGCCGUCGUAGCUUCUGUUCCCAAACAGGCCGGACGAGUCCCUGACUGGUUUGGGCCUUCGGAUCCUCACGUGCAACUACAGCGAUCCGUCUACAGGAUUGCCAAUUCGACUGCGGCGACGCCUCUCCUCAGCAUAGGAUUGCUCUCGGAACUCUUCGCCACCCUCAAGGACGAUUCCUUGGCAUUCUUGUCAGGCCUGUGGACGAUGGCGGAAAACAACAAUGAGAGCUGGAUUUGCCUUCUGGCUCUGCGCCAUGCCGCUGCAUUUCUGCAAGCCCACAGUGAGGAAUCGGAUGCUGUUGAUUUUCAGACGAUUCUGCCUGCUUUGGUCGUGUGCUUGUCCAGCAAGACGAGACCAGUUCGGGAGGCCGCUUCAGAAUGCAUUGCCCUGUUGCAGCGCAUGGCCAACGAAGCCAAGUUCUCUGCAGUCUAUGCGUUCGAUGCAAUCUACGGGACUACAGAAGCCAGCCUUCAAUACGUGUCUGCAGCAGAGCUCGGCCGCUACCUCAACGCACUCACCGAUCAUAGAGAGCAUAUCGCCCUGGACUUCCAUUCUAUCAAAGUUCUUCAUGCUCAGCACCUCACCAGAGCAAAGAGCGACGCGAGAAAGGAUGCGGAAUACAAACAGCAUAUACUGUGCUAUCUUCUGUCCCAUGUUGUUGCUGUCCCGCUGACGUCCAUGCGCGUCGUGCUUUUGGAGGUCCUUCAAAAUGUGUCGGAUGCCUCAAAGAGCACUGUUCUGACGCCGCUCAUCUCAGCCGCGAGUCACGGCAGCUUGGAGGAACGGCUCGCCUCACUCGUUAUCGCUUCGUUCGACACUUCGACCGUUUCAAUCUUGAAUGAUGUCAAGAACAAGACGUGGACAGACGUCUUUGUUCCGUUGUUGGAAUAUUGUUUCAAAUCUGCUUCACCCUCUUCCUGCCGUCAAGUGCUGUUAGGAAACCUGGAGAAGCUAGUCAGCCAACUCACUCUGGAGAGGAAAGUGGCACUGUGUGAAGUUGUUUUGACUGCGGGAGUUAAAGAUGCGGAUAUGUACCUGUCUGCAAAGACUCUUGUUGCCACUGCUCUCAGCGAUAUUGCAGUCAGCAUGCAUCUGCUCGGAAACAUCCGACCAGACGCCAGCUCAAGUCCUCGUGCCAGCAAACGUGCCAAGCUAUCAGAAGUGCCAGACGACAGCUUUGCCCGGCUCAGUCUUCUUGCAGAGGUUUUGGCUGACAUGGCUCUGCCCGGGUCCCUUGAUCUCGUGUCCCGACUACUGGAGACGUUACAUCAUGUCGUGCAAUCCAACGCGCCGGCUGAUGUCGACGUCAGCUACAUCGAGCAGUCACUGAUGUCUGCUAUCGAGCGCUCGGCAGAGAAGAUUGCUACUCUAUCUUCCUCCAUCCAUCUUGAUAUUCUGGUUGAGCUUAUCCGCGUUGCCGAUAACCCGCAAACAUCGAACCAAGCAUUGCUGCUCAUGGCUACUCUGGCCCGUCUGGCUCCUGAAUCGGCUCUGCAAAAUGUGAUGCCUGUUUUCACCUUCAUGGGCUCAAAUGUGUUCCACCGUGACGACUCGUACAGCUUCAAAGUGGUCCAGAAAACAAUCGACAGCAUCGUCCCGGUGAUGGUCGCCUCCCUCAAAAAGUCGCAGCCCUCGAGAUUAGAGCUCUAUAUCGCUGCCCGGGACUUUGUCAGAGUGUUUACCGAUGCGUCCAAUCACAUUCCGCGACAUCGCAGGACACACUUCUUUGGUCAUCUUACGAGUGUCCUGGGCGUGUCGGAUUUCCUGCCCCCACUGUGCAUGCUGCUUGUUGAAAAGCUCGGCGCUCGCGUAAUUCGGCAAAACCACGAUGAGCUGCAGAACACUUUGGCCUUACCCAUUUCUGUCAUCCACCGACAGCCAGUCGAGCUCCAAAUCUUUGUUCUCACGGAAAUGCUCCGAGAAUCACAGAGACUACUCGCACGAGCGGCCGAUCCCGAGAAUCUCGAGCCGUGUCUGUUGGAUACCUCUCCCGACGAUAACCAGCUCCAGCCUACUGCAUCGACAUUCAACCGACGUGCCCAGGCCCUGGUUGUUUUCGUCGGAUCAGCCAUCAAGAGUUGUCCCCCUGCAGAAGCAGCUGCUCCUGACGGCGGAUCGAUCAGCGACCUGGUCUCGUUGCUCAUUGCGCUAGCGACCACCCGCACCGACAGCGAUGUUGCGCAAGCGGCUCGCUCGGCAUUGCACAAGUCUCUCGCGAGCAUGUCUGCGGUGGACUUCGUUGCCUCGAUCGUCCGUAUCCUGCUAUCUUCUGACGCCCAGGUGCAAGCCGGCGGCUUGGAUCUGCUGGCGGAGCGACUGCCAACGAUCGCAGAUUCGACGAGGGCAAAGAUUUCUGCCCAUAUCAAUGCGAUUGUUGUAGAGACGCAAAAGCUGCUGGUGCUCCAUCCAGAUGGGAAGAUGGCGGGGUCAUGUUACCGGGCGCUGAAGGCCAUCGGCGGCACCCUCCACAGUGGCGAGGAAGGAGCAUUGACGGCUGCGGUGCCGGCUGUGUUGGCUGCUAUCAAGGCGAGGAGGAUGACCAAAGAGGCGAUGGGUGUGUUGGUGCCUUUGUCGACGAAGUUGGGUCCCCGGAUCAUCCCUUUCUUCCGCGAGGUCGUGUCCCAAUGUACGGCGCUGCUGCAUGAGGCGGUGAUCCCCGAGGCUCUUGCCGUAUUGCACGGUCUAUUGACCUCGAUACCCUCCUUCUGGGGCGUGUCCGAGCUCACGCAGGUCGCACAGUUGUACGUUGACUCCCCGUCAGCUGCGUUAGCGCCGCUCAUGAAGGCACUGGCGAAACGCGCCCCGACGGCUGUGCUCAUCAGUGCCUUGGAGAGCAUGUGGGCUAGAGUAAAAGACUCUCCGCAGUCUCUGGUCGGGUACUUUGACCUCCUCAAGAGAUGUCUGCGCGGUGGCUUGCGGCCGGCCGUGCAGGACAAUGUGCGGGGUCUGUUCAAGGUCUUCCUCGACGCGUUUUCUAUCUCCAAGCACCAGAGCGACGCAGAAACAGAGGUCACGGAGGCGUUCAUCGAGCUUGUGGUCAAACUCAACGAGGCCUCUUUCCGCCCGCUGUUCCGCAAGAUGUACGAUUGGGCGUUUGUCGAGGGCGAGAAUGUCGCUCGCAAGAUCACAUUCUGCAGCGUGUACUCUGCGUUGCUGGACUACUUCAAGGGGCUGAUGAACCCAUAUAUGGCGCUGCUCGUCCAACCGUUCGUGGACACUCUGGAAGCCGGAGCGGAUCCUGAGCUGUGGAAGGCGGUCCUCGAUGUGAUGGUGAAGAGUCUGAACUCAGACGACGGCU